CCCAAGAAUUAAACUCGCCAGUUAAUUUAAUGAAAAUCACAUUUCGCAUUUAAACAUUUUAUUAUAACGAAUGGAAACUGGUGAUGCUAGCCCAGACCGAGAUCUAUAAAUUCGCAUUUUAAUUGUUAAAUUUGAAAUGCAGACACCAGAAAUAAGAUUUAGAUGUAGAUUAUCUAAAAGAGAAUGUUUGCUCUUUUAAAUCGUAAUAUAAAGGCUGUGAUUUUAGAUAUCACAGGAGUUUUAAAGGACAGUGGACCUCAUGGUGGAACACCCAUUAAAGGCUCGAUAGAGGCAUUAAAUAGGUUAUAUUCAUCUGGGCUCCAUCUGAGAUUUUGUACAAAUGAAACUACAGUCACAAGACAUACUCUGGUCAGUCAGCUCAGAAGCCUGGGUUUUACUAUUGAUGAGGAGAAAGUGUUUCCACCUAUCCCUGCUAUGUGUACGAUUUUAAAAGACAGAAACUUAAGACCUCAUUUAUUGGUUCAUCCAGAUGCUCUGCCUGAUUUCAAGGAUAUAGACCAAAGUAACACAAACUGUGUUGUAAUUGGGGAUGCAACACACCAGUUUACUUAUGAAAAUAUCAACAGAGCUUUCCAGUGUUUGAUGAACUUUGAAAAACCAAUACUGUUUUCUCUUGGGAAAGGUAAAUAUUACCAAGAAGAUGGUGAAUUAAUAUUGGAUGUUGGACCAUUUAUGAAAGCUUUAGAGUAUGCUACUGGAGUGACAGCUGAGAUCGUUGGAAAACCUUCUUUAGCAUUCUUUAACACAGUAUUGAAUGAUAUUGGAAUAUCAGCCCAUGAAGCUGUAAUGGUGGGAGAUGAUAUUGUCAAUGAUGUUGGCGGUGCCCAGGCAUGUGGACUUGCUGGAGUUUUAGUUCGCACUGGAAAAUAUAGAAAACCUGAUGACAAUCACCCAGAUGUCAAACCUGAUGCAAUAUUUGAUAAUUUAGAAAAGUUUGUUGAUUGCCUAUUGCAAGACAAGCAAUAAAUGGAUUGCUAUUUUAGUGGGACAGACUGACCAUCUUUGUUAGGUUCUAGUAAACCUUGGAGCUUUCCAUGAAACUUAACUGGAACAGGUUCAUCUCCUUUAUCUGUCUGGGACAUGGCUUUAAACGCUGUGGACAGCAUACCACCUUGUAAUUUGAUGGGUAAAGAAAAGUUGUCACCUUUUUUUGAAGCUUCUGUUAACAUGACAUCUAAUUUUUCUGGAGUAAUCAUAAUGCCAUCAAAGUAAACAGGUGUCAUCAUGGUGCCCUCAAACCUGGCUGGAAUCGCUCUGUUUUUAUAUGUGUCUGGUUCCACUUUGUCAGAAGCCACUGUCUGAAUGCUCCUUGUUUUGAAGGUCUUCACUGAAGUUCUUAAUGUCCCAGCUUGAGUAUCUAUGCUUAGAAUAUUCUGGACUUCCCCAAGAUCCACAUUUUCUCCAUCUUCGGCUUCCUCAUCCAAUGUGACACACUGCUUGGACUCUGCUUCAGGAGUUGAUGUGGAGGAUAAAACUCCGAGCAUUUUUAUUUUGAUAAAGGACUCUGAGCUUUCAGUGUCUUUUAGUUUGAACUCAUUCUCACCCAUCUCUCUUUCCAACGCUCCAUCAAUGAUAACUGAUGUUUUAACCACAUUAUAGCCUUGCUCUGGUGGAUUUAAUUUCUGCCUUGCAAAUUCAACAAAUGAGAAACUCUCAUCUCCUGAAAAUAAUGAAAUGUUUUAUUCAUAGGUAUUAGGAAGAUCAUCACAAUGUUUUAGUUUAGAUUGGAAUCUUCACACAAAGUUCAAAAUGUUAUGAAGAAUAAGAUUAAAAGCAAAAACCCCUGUGUGAAACGUGAUGAAAAAUUCUUAUGUACAAAACAGAUUAUGGGUGUUUUUAUAUAUCAUCUGUUGUUUUUUGGUUUAUGAAUUUACCAGAUUAAGUCCAUGUCAUUAAUACCAGAAGUUUCUUAUACUGAUAUCAGGAAUGUAGUAAGAUAACAUACACUCUUCAGACCUUUUGAUUUUAGCAGUUUUGUCUCACAUCUAGAUCUAUAUGAUGCUUGCCAAAUGAUUUAAUACAAAUUUAAGAUUUUUUUCUCUAUUCUUAAAAGCCCAAAAUUUUAUGUAAAACUUUAAAAAUACAUGUUUCUUUGCCUUCCUCUUCAUCUGAAACAUAUUUGGAUUAUAACUUUAAAAAAUCACACUUGUGUGUGUUUAUUUUUUUAAACUCCCAAUAGUAUUAUGAUUGGAAAAACUGAACGAGUAAGGUAAAUAAAAAAUUAAAAGAUCUUGUUUGUAAAAUGUUUUGGAUGUUUCUUCAGAGUUGAAGAUAAUGUACUUUCUAAUGAAAACCUCCCACAAGAUGAUGGGGAAUGGAAGCGUGUAGGGUAUGAACCCAGGACCAUCAAGACAACCAAACUACAGUACAGCGCACAUAUCGCAUGACCAGGUAGCUUACUCCUACAAAGCAAUGAAUUUGGGGUUUUGGAACAUCGGCACAAUUUAGGCCAUGUUGUGUAUAGCAAUGAUUAUUAUUAUACUGAAAUGUUAUAUUAUGGUUUGAUAAAACUUUAGAAGUUAA